ACGAGCGAUCCGCGCUUACGUUUCAUUCACGCCGCUAAGUUUAUUCUCUUCGUCGUACAUUGUGACAGUAAGUGGAGUGAACCUUGUGAAUAUAACACGAUAUACGAACAAUUGUAAAAGAUAUAUAUUAUAAAAGUGUUGUUUAUACAUAACUAUACAAAAGGAGCUUGAAUUUGUUUUCGGCGGCCCCGUUUAUUUGCCGGUGCACUAAUUGCUGUUUGCGGAGUGACAACAUGUCGAAGAUGGUUUAAGUCGAUUAGAGAUGCGGUGGUUCAGGAAAGGUGAGCCGCCGCGGCUGCUUGCUGUCUCGCCGGAGGCUGAAUCUAGAUCUACGCGAAGAUCGAGAAUAGAUAUGUCUCCAGUGCGUUAUCCCAAUAGAAAAAGUAGCAGUAGUUCCGUGGAAACAAACUUCUACAAUUUAAGUGACCAAAUAAUAAUCGUUGAAAAAUCUCCCCAUCCAUGUCAUCGAAGUUGUGAAACGCCGGUAACUCGUAGAAUAUCAUUGCAAAAUGGACCCACUUCACCGCAAGAAAGUUGCAAUACUAGUCGCAAAAACCGCGGGGGCUCUUUAGAGAAAGAGUACGUGGUGUAUAGAGAAAAACGAAAUCCGUUACUCGAUAAAGUUAAAAAUACAAAACUAUCGUGCUUCAAGUCUAACGCCCCGAUGCGACACGGAGACGACGCUGCUUCGACGUCAGGAAGUGAUUGCAGUGGAUUUGGACACGUUGAAGAAAUAACAAAUUGCCGUUACGCAGAAAAUUACCCCGAACACACAGAAUUUGAAAAUCAUAAUCCGUGGGUCAAAAUGCCGAAUUAUGAUGACGAUGUUUUCUUCGCGAAAAGCCCAGUAGAAUGUAGUUGGCGAGAAGGCAAAUCAUUUACGAACAGAGGUGCUAGGUGUUACAGUUCAGGAUCAGAAUGUGAUAGAUAUCACGUCAUACCAAAAGCAGGUACAAAAUUAUCAAAAUCGAGCGAUCAAAUAUUUAACGACGACUAUGAAGAAUACAAUAAACCAAUUACCUUAAGUUCCCACAAUAAGACUGAUAAACUUCAACAUAAGGACGAGAAAGAUACAAUUGGGCCUAGUUCUUGUCUUUCAGCUAAACUACGUGCUAUGUCGGAUAGAUAUCUGAAAUCUUCAACAAAUAAAUUUUUUUCGAAGUUAUAUAAACAAGCCGGCGAUGACGAUCAUACUACACAUGGUGAAAAUGAUACUGUAGUUAAGUCAACGAGUGCAAUAAGUAAAAGUAGAAAGAAAAGGGGUGGCGUACGCGCAAAACUGCGCAGUUUCUCUUAUGGAGCCUUGCCUGGACUUGAUGAAUUCCAAAAGGGACAAAACUCUGUAUUUCAUGACGAUGUUUAUCAGGUUUCCUGUGAUGAUGAAAACGUUUUAAUACAAGACUGUGAAGACGCAGAUUCGGGUAUUCUAGUCAAUGAAUCAGCAGCAUCAUCAAUAUUUGAUAGUGACAGAAUAUCUUCUCGCUGUGACAGUUCUGCGUCCCAUUCAGUACCACAAGCAUCUUGUCACAACAGAAGUGUUUCUGGGGAUCAAACUUAUACAAAGGCACGUGUUUCUAGCAGAAGAAGUAGAGAAAAAGAGAACCCUAAGCCUAGGUUACGUCAAAAUCAAAGAGCUCUGUCCUUAGAUCGAAAGGAAAUACUUCGUCGAAUGCCUAAAAAUCCCGAUCAUGCCGAACCCCAAUUUUUACAGUUAACUGAAAAACAGAAGAUGCGACAAAGAGAUGCUAGUCAUGGAGACUGUGGGAUACCUCCUAUACCUCCGUGUCGCAAACCUGCUAAAAAUAGUUCUAAUAAAGUACAAUCAGAAUUUAAAGUUGUCAGAAUUAUGAGAAAAAAUCCUUGUGACGAGCUAGGUAUAUUUAUCGCUAAAACAAAGCUUGUAGAUGAAGGCCAUGUUGGAUAUUUAGUUGCACACGUGGUACCUGGUGGAUUAGCUGAUAGGGAAGGAACAUUACGUAUCGGAGAUGAACUUCUUAACGUAAACGGUCGAAGACUUCGUGAUCUGACGAUGUCUGAAGCUAAGGAAGCAUUACGAUCUGGAUCUGCCGAAAUCGACAUUGUAAUUUGUAGGCAACGUGAAAAAAUUACACUUGAAACAAGACAAAGAGAACACUCGCAGAAGAACGUCGUGUUAAUGCGAGAAAGUUCCGUAGAUUAUGAAAAUGCAAUAAUAUUAGGUAAAGAGAAACGUAACGAUAAGUAUGACAUCAGGAUAGACCCACGUCACACCCAGGACGAAUCCUCGUGUAAUCGCGCAUCGUUAUCAGCGACGGACGAAGCGGAUGGUCCUGCGGAUACGCAUUCUCGCUUCCUGAAAGGUCAGAACGCGAGCUAUAGCAGUAUGAACAACAAGUUAUUGCGUCGGCAGGUCGUGAGUUACGGUGGUGCAAAUAAAGACGGACUAACGCUCAGUUGUACAGGCGAUAUUGUUGACGUUGAUGUACCGGACGGUGUUGAACGGACUACGGAAAAAAAUGAUGGUGAAAGUGAUAUUCAGACUCAAAAUACCAAUAAUUUUUGCACACUUCCCCGAAGGCCGCGUGCACCAACACAUACGUAUCACACCAUUACUUUUGAAAAAGGACAUGGUAAGAAACCACUCGGUUUCACAAUAGUAGGAGGAAGUGACUCCCCUCGAGGCCCCUUGGGAAUCUUCAUAAAAAGCAUCCUUCCCCAAGGUCAAGCGAUCGACGAUGGCAGACUCAAAGCGGGUGAUGAGGUCUUAGCAGUCAACGGACAAGCAUGUCAUGAGUUAGCUCACGUGGAAGCACUUGCUCUAUUCAAAGCUGUGCGAACAGGAUCCAUAGAGCUGAGAGUAUGUCGCAGAGUAAAGAGCCAGUCUACCAAAGCAAAAUCCUGCACAGAUCUGCUCAAUGACGACGAUUGAAGCUAAUUUCAAAAACAGUUAAUGGUAACGCGAAUAAGCCUGUUAUAUGUAUUUGAUUAAUACUUACAUAGCAAAUAGUAUUCUAAAUUAAAUUUUUGACAUACAUUUUUGACAAGCAUUAUUUGAACCACCAUUUUGAAAGAAUUAUAAAUCUAUUAUGCUUAUUAGGAUAAGUAGAUUGUAUUUUCACCAGUAUCAAAAUGAGUGUGUAAAAUUUCAAUUUAAUCUGUUCGGUGUAAAUGAUUUAAAAUUUAGUCAAAAGAUUUGACUCUCGUUUAAAAAUAUCAAGUCGAAUAAAGGCUUUUAAAAAAAUAUUUAUGUUUUGAAA